CUAUCACUCAGUAGUCUUUCUGCCACUCAGUGGGUGUAACCGCAGUGACUUCCACCUACUGUGAUCAUGUGCAUACCCUCUAUUUGUUGUCAUACUGUUUAUUCCAUUCAUUGUGUUUUCCUAACGCUCAAUUUGCAAGUAUCUGGGCUAUUAACAACUAAAACCAUCUAUUAAUUGUGUGAAUCUGCCAUUCUACCUGUUAAUGUCAAUACAGCUAGUGUUCUUACGCUAUAAAUAAUAAUAAUAAAUUUAUUUUAUAUAGCGCUUUUCAUGGACUCAAAGACGCUUUACAAUAAGUGGUACAUACAUACAUACAUACAUAAAUAGCUACAUACUUUUUUUGACUUAUUAAAAAUAAUGUAUUUAUAAACAGAGUAUCAUAAUUGUUUUAGCCCUUGAUAAAUAAUGGAAACGAUCAGUGUUGGUAGUGUCCUUUGACUUUUGGUGUCCAGGCACUGUAUGUUAUGCCACUUUAAAUAAAAAGUUGGCUGGCUAGUCUAUUCAUACCAAAUUUGAUAGGAGGCCUACUACCAUUUCACAAGAGUUCAUGGAUAGUACCAGUUGAUGCAUUUGCACUAGCUUUCAUUUAUGAAAACUUUAUUGCCAAUUGGUAGCAUUUAGCCUAGUAACUAACUAGACUUCACUUAUACACAAUGCUGUCAUUGUGUUGAACGAGAAUGAAUUUAAUGGGAAAAUGCACAUUCCGAUUCAGUUUUUUCCUUCAGUCUCUAAAAAAAAGUGCAGAUCGGCACCAAUGCUAAGUCACAACAUUUUAAAGUGACAACCCAUGGUCAUAAGCAUAAAUCCAUGUGGUUUUGAAUACACACCAGCCCACUCAAAUCAUUUGCUAAUUCAAUUCUAAGUCUUACAUUAUGUAGAUUAGACCAUGAAACAAACUGGGUUUUUUUUCACUUGCAAAUAAUCUUACUCGGGUGCAAGGUAGUGUAUGUGUACAUGUGUCUGUGGCAGUUUCUUUUUUCCUUUUGUCUGGGGAAUGAGGGGUGCACAUGGGGGUGGUUAUGUUUGCACUUGUGACAACAUACAUUUAAAAUAUAUGGUAUAUGAUGAGUGGUCUCGCCCCGAAUCAACGGUGACACCAGCUCUUCGGUGUGAAAAUAUGCGUGAAAUUAAUAAACAAUGGGAAAUCUCAGUUCUUGCACAACUGUGCAUACGCCCUGUGUACCUGGCCAAUUCCAAGGACUGGAUUUUCUGCUCUUACGAAGACAUGCACUGCUACUACAGCUACCAUCUAGUACCUACAGCUGCCAUCCAGUACCUACAGCUGCCAUCCAGUACCUACAGCUGCCAUCCAGUACCUACAGCUACCAUCCAGUACCUACAGCUAACAUCCAGUACCUACAGCUACCAUCUAGUACCUACAGCGACCAUCCAGUACCUAAUGAGCAUAUUUGGAUUAAGCUCAUGGGGGAACUAGAAAAGGGCCUUGCUAUAGGCAUCUGCUACAGCCCCCCAGCUGCAGACAGUAGUGUCAAUUCAGUGCUCUUUGGAAACAUAAAACAGGCUUGUCAGGAAGGUGAGACUAUUAUGAUGGGUGACUGAAAUUACCCCGCUAUUAAUUGGGAAUUGACAGGACAAAGAAAGUGUGGAAGAAUUUUUAGACGCUACAAAUGACAUUUUUUGGCACAGUAUGUCAGUCAUCCUACAAAAGAGGGAAAUCAAUUCCGGAUCUGGUGCGAUGCAAUGAUCCUGACUGAAUUUGCAGCAUAGAGGAAACAUCACGGACAGGAGGCCUUUAUGAAGCUCAUUUGUUGGUAAAUGCCAUGAAUUGUGAAGGAAAGGCUGUAGAGAAGGCAGUCCACUCUUGGUCCAGGUUUGCCUCUGCUGGACAGGCGGCUCUUGUUGAAGCACUGCGGGUUUUCAGUCCCAUGUCCAAGGACUUUUUGGACACGGAGACGCAGCUGGUGUCCUUUCUGCAGGGCCUGAGAGAGGAGGGCCACAAGCCCACUGUACUGAGGAGCAAAGAUGUUUACGGCUAUAGCUCCUGCACAGCUGAACCCCUCCCCACGGUCAGGAUCCCCAAACCUCUGGAUGCUUCCCGAGUCCCCAAAGCACAGAGGCCGAUGCGAAGGCGUGGCAGGAAGCCAGGCGCCAAGAAGAAGGAGAUGAACUCUGCCCUGCUGAGCACUGCAGCCAAGAUCAUCCUCAAGAACCAGCCCAAGAUCCUCCUGACUAACCUCUCCCAGGAGUCCCUCCACCAGCCCCCCGUCUUGACUGUGAGGCCGGCCCAGGUGCAGUCCUGUUUGAAACUGACAAACAUGACGGGCCCCUCCUCAGGCCACACGGCCCGGCUGCAGGUCCACACUGGACUGGGGCAGCGGGGCGUAGCCGUGACCACGCCUCUCCGGCCGCCAUCGCUGUCUGGGAUACCGCUGCAGACCUCUGAGCACUCUGCUAAAGUGCCGAAAGCCGUCGCUUUGAAGAAAUCUGCGGUUAUUUCCUGUCCGGUUAAGAUGGGCGUGGCCCUUAUCGGAGACUCGGCCCCUGUAGUCCCGGAGAAUGGCAGGGUACUGAAGGAAAGCAACAAAUACAUAAUGGCUCCUGUGAGGAUGGGCAAAGUGAAAGGGGCCAAUAAGUUGAUGUGGAGGAACAGGAGCACAGUCAGGACUCUGAAAAGGAGGCUGUCAGAGGAGCCCGAAGAAAAGAUGAGGAAGAGGGUGAGGAAGAGCGUCUGGGUCAUGAAGGGUCAGGACGACUCUCGGCUGACCAAGAACAACCUGAGGUUCAAGGUGAUUAAAGUGGAUGACUCCUUCACAGACGAGGAAGUCAGGAGAAAAGCCCAGAAAAUUUUACGGGUAAAUUUAUCACCUGUAAUAGAGAUUCAGCCACUUCUUCCUUAUCCUGUAUAAAGGACAACUCUUUACUAGAGGACCUGCAUGAUCCCACAACCUUUUUCCAUUUUUUACUUUUUAUACAGACAUGUUGCUGAGCCUAAACUUGCCAGUAUGGAAGUAUUUUUGACUGGUAAAGUUAUUAAAUUUCUUUCUGAGGAUAAGGGAUCUCAUCUAGCACAAAGAAUUCAGCCUACUUUGGUGAUAUUCCUGCUGUAGGGAGGAGUCCGUAUCCUGAUGCCUUGCAGGGUGGUGCUGUGGAGGUUUUUGUUGAAUAUGGUGCAGAUUUGAGCUUGAAAGCUUUCUAAGAUAAUGCACUGUGAAAUGCCAUUUUCAUCCAGUUUGUUGAGGAAAACUAUAUUUGAUAGAAGCCAUGCCACAUUACUAUGCAGUAUCCAUAUAAAUGUUUUUCUUUCAUACAGUAAAGUAACUUAUUUCUAACCACAGUACUUUCUCAUGAAUAUUGGAUAUUUGGGACCAUAUCCUACAGAAAGUGUACUGUUAAGGAUUUUUUAAAUAUGUCAUUUCUUUGCUAUACCGUCAUGUUUCAUUUUGUGUUUUAAAAAAUUAAUAUUACAGAUAUUAAGGGGAGUGCAGCAUUAAGAGAACAGUGCCUCUGAAGUUAAUUAUAGGCUUUUAUCCCGUUUUUGUAUUCAGUUUGGGAUCCAUUUUGAUAUGAAUCUUGAUCUUACCAAAUGAUUCAGAAAAGGAGUUUGCUGAAUGUAAGCACUUUUGUAUGGUAAACAAACCCAUUCAUUUUUCAGCAGGACUAAUCGCCUUAUUAUUUUGCACAGAAACCGAACUGUAGUCUUCUUUAUAGUGCAUCAGAGUGUGUGUGUGGGGGGGGUGGGCGGUUUGUCCCUUGCAGGGUCACGUGUAGUCACCCUGUUUUGGGACUGCCCUGACAUUUUGGGCUUAUUUCCAUUUAGUUUUUUAUUUUUAUUUUUUAUAGGAUACUCUGCUCCAUUUCUGAGAUUCUCUAUUUCACUCUUAAGAACUGUAUCAUUCCUAUGUGCACCUGUACUUUUGAUUUUAUAAUGUCCUCUUGUUAAAAUUUUUAUUAUUAUUUAUGUAGGUUUAUUAGAAUUUGCAUUUUAAUUAAGCAAAUGAAAGAUUUGUGGAUCUUCAAAGACUAGCGUUUGAUUGGAACUUUGACUUUAUUACCCAAACUGCGUAUGUGAGGCCUGUAUGCCUCUCACUGGCCAUUUUGGAUCCGGACUCGGACGGGACGGGACGGGACGGGACCACCAGAACUCCCACUGUGGCACUUUCCUUUCAUGUUCGGAGACUUACUGAGGCCACACAUGCCGUGACGGAGCUCUUUGGGGUUUUUUCCCUUUAUUUAAAAUAUUGACUAAUGGUUUUCAUUUGUGUUCUGACUGAAAUGAGUUUUAUUAUUAAUUUAGUUUUUGUACAAAUGGCAUCCAACACUUCAAAAUGUUACUCUGUGAACAGUGUUGAUUAAAUGCAUUAAUAAAUAUGUAUUGUCAGUGUUGUGUACUUGGGUUUUAUUGUAUAUCUGGUCACUGUUCAGAAAUUGUGAAAUAAAUUUUUUUCCCCCUCA